AUGGUGCUGAUAAGGGCGUCAAACUCACACAAUUUCCCCAUUUUUUCCCUGACUUUUCCAGACGUAGCAGCGUCAGCCGUGGGCAGAGAGUGGCUGGCCUGUAGCUCGGCCGGGGAGAAUGUCGUGGACACGUUCUUGUCCUUCCUGGCUGAUGCAAAGUCUGGACAUACCAGCUCUAUGAAGAGCCUGAUGUUGACGGGCCUGUACAAUCUGAGCAUCAACCAGAGGGGAGUCAAGUACCUGUGUUCCCGCCCACGCCUGAUCCACACGCUCACCACGGUCUUACAGAGCCCGGACAGCCCCCAGGAGCACGAGAUCAACACGCUGAGACUGCUGCAGUCCCUGGUCUGUGAGGAUGCCGGGCAACACAUGCUGCUGCAACUCCGCGAGAAUUUGCCGGUGUCGUGUCUUGAAAACCUGACGAAGAGCAGCUGUCGUGAACUCAAGGACUUGGCAUUGGAUCUUCUCUCUGAUCUCAGGCCCUUAGAGUACGAGCCUUAGGCUUGGCGUAUAUCAUAUGUGUGUGUGUGUACUUAGUUAUGUUUCUACUGUAUACACACUAGUGCAAGAGAGCUUGUAAACUUGGCGUAUAUUAUGUUGGUGUGUGUGUGUGUGUGUGUGUGUGUGUGUGUGUGUGUGUGUGUGUGUGUGCUUGCUUAUGUGUCUACUGUAUACAUACCAGUACAAGAGACAGUGUAAACCUGGCGUAUGUGGUCGCUUUUAAGCACAAAGGGGUUAUUCCUAAAAAUGCUGUUUUGAGAAAUUCGAAGUUACAGUUUUUGGACCUCUGUUCAGUUUCUGUUAAGGACAAGGGCAGUUUUCUUUAUUUUGUUAGCAAACAGAAAUACACACGAGAC